AUGAGAACGGCAAAAGGACAAGUAUAUUCAACAUUUAAAGCAACCGCUGAAGCAUUGGGACUUUUAGAACAAGACAAGGAAUGGGAUCUAUGUCUUAAUGAAGCAGUAGUGACACAAAGUGUUAAACAAAUUCGCGAAUUGUUUGCCACAAUUUUAGUAUUUUGUCAACCAUCAAACCCUAAAAACCUUUGGGAAAAAUAUAAAACAAGUAUGACUGAAGAUUAUGUUAGAGAUGAACAGAGAAGACAUGGUGAAGACUACGACAUUACCGAACAAAUAAAUAAUAUUUUUGUAAAUAACGCUUUAAAAGAUAUUCAAUCUCAUUUAGAAGCCAACAGCAAAUCUUUAUCCGAUUUUCCUGAAAUGCCAACAGUAAAUAAUAACUUAAUAAAUGGAACAUCAAGACUUAUACUUGAUGAAAUAGAAGACAAUCCUGAACUACUACGACCAGAAGUUGAGACAAAUGAAGAACUAUUAAAUGAAGAUCAAAAGAAAGCCUAUUUAAAAAUAAUCAAUGCCGUUAACAGUAAUGCAGAAAAACAGUUUUUUCUCAACGCUGCUGGUGGUACAGGGAAAACAUUUUUAUUCAAUUUGCUUUUAAACAAGUUUAGAAGUGAAGGUCAUAUAGCACUGGCAGUGGCAUCAAGUGGAAUAGCUGCCAUAUUGAUGCCUAAAGGUAGAACAGCCCAUUCACGAUUCAAAAUCCCCAUUCCAAUUGAUGAAUCUUCGAGCUGCAGGAUUUCGUGUCAAAGCGAUACAGCCGAACUUAUACAAAAAGCAAAACUGAUUGUAUGGGAUGAAGUAUCAAUGGUCAACAAACACAUUAUCAAUGCUAUUGACAGAACAUUUAAAGACAUCAUGAAAUGUAUAGAUCAAAGACUGAAUACAAUACAAUUUGGCGGAAAAAUAAUCGUAUUUGCUGGUGAUUUUCGACAAGUAUUACCAGUUAUAAAACACGGAACAGCAAGCGAUACGAUCGAUUCCUGUAUCACUCGAUCGUACCUCUGGCCAUCAAUAAAGACAUUAAAUCUUAGUAUCAAUCAAAGAGCACUUAAUUCUCUCACUAAUGAUUUUCAAAUAUUUUCAGAUUUUUUGCUAUCAAUAGGAGAAAGUAAAAGCCCAUACAAUGAAGAAUUCAUUAAUCUACCCGAAGCUAUAUGUUCAAAAUCCAUGUCAUUAGAAGAUUUUCUUAAUGAAUUACCAUCAAUCAAUGACUGGACAAUUGUUGCCGCAAAGAAUGAUCAUGUAGAUGAAAUCAAUAAUAUCUUAAUGGAUAGAUUUGAAGGCGAUGAAAUGGAGUACUUUAGUGCAAACUCAUUAGUUGAGAAAGAUAAUCAUGGACAGUUUACUGAUGAAUUUUUGGCGAGUCUACAUUUUUCAGGUCUUCCUUCUCAUAAAUUGAUUUUGAAGAAAGACUGUCCUGUAAUGUUGUUGCGCAAUAUAAACCCAUCUAUUGGUCUUUGUAAUGGAACAACACUCAUCUGCAAAGAAUUUCAUCGUUUAUCCAUUGUAGCCGAAAUUAAGACAGGAAAGAAUCAAGGACGACAAGUAGUUAUACCAAGAAUAGAUUUGAUACCAUCAGACACGGAUUUGCCUUUUCUAUUCAAACGAAGACAAUUUCCAAUAAAGCCAGCCUUUGCAAUGACAAUCAACAAAAGCCAAGGACAGACAUUUAAAAAAGUUGCAAUUUAUAUCCCAGAUGGUGUUUUUUCACAUGGACAACUCUACGUCGCGUUAUCAAGAGUUGGAUCUAUUGGUGAUAUUAAAGUAUUUGCAGGACUUGGUUGUAACAAGACACGUAACGUUGUAUAUCGUAAUGUGUUUUAA